AUGCCUCUCCAUUUGCUGGGGAAAAAAUCUUGGAAUGUCUACAACGCAGACAACGUUGCGCGCGUCCGCCGUGAUGAGGCCGCCGCAAAGGCCAAGGAGGAGGCCGAGGAGCAGCGCAUGCAGGAAGUCGAUGCCGAACGUCGGCUAGCCAUUCUUCGCGGCGAGAAGCCGCCGCCACUCCCCCUAGAAGAGCCCGAAGAUGUGGAGCCCAGGUCUCGGGAUCGCGAUGCCGCCCCGUACGGGAGGGAGCGGAAGAAGCGCAAGCGCGCCGGCGAAGACGACACCGAUUUUGAGUUGCGUAUCGCAAAAGAGCGCUCGGAAAUCGUACAAGCGUCCAACGACACGCUGCGUAAGUCCACUAGUUCUGCGCCUAUUGUUGACAGUACCGGCCACAUCGACCUGUUCGGCGAGGACCGGAAGCAGGGGCGCCACCUCAAGAACGAGGAGGCCGAAAAAGAGACCGCCAAGAAGAAAAAGGAGUAUGAAGAUCAGUUCACCAUGCGUUUUUCCAAUGCUGCCGGCAAAGACGGCAUUGUCGGUCCCUGGUAUGCGAACUCAGCAUCAAGAGCAGAUCUUGCUGAGCUGGAACCCCCGAGCAAGGAUGUUUGGGGCAACGAGGACCCCAGGCGGAAGGAGCGUGAAGCAUUGCGAAUUGUUGCUAGUGACCCACUUGCAAUGAUGAAAAGAGGCGCCGCUAAGGUGCGAGAAGUCAAGAAGGAAAGACAAAAGUUCGAAUUGGAACGCCAAAAAGAGCUAGAGCAACUACGCAAUGAUGAAAAACGCAAUGAGAAGCACGAAAGACGAAAGAGAGAACACAGGAGAGAUUCAGAGCGCCGCAACAGAGACAGGGACCGCGAAAGAAGGAGUCGAAGCGAGAGAGACCACCAAGAUGUCGACGAACGCCAUUUCAGAUCCCGACGGGACGGAAGAGAUCACGAUGAUGACCAUCGGCGAGAGUCGAGGCGAAGUAGCCGCCGCGAAGACAGGAGAGAUGAAGACGCAAGACACCGAAGAGAUAGGAGUCACGAAGAUAGGCAUCGGGGAGAUCAUGAUCGACGUGAUAGACACUCAACUUCGAGGAGACCGGACGAUGAUGGACAAAAAGACGAAGAGAGGCGACACGAAAGGCACAGCGGGAGGACCAGGGAUUGA